AUGGCAUUCCAGGGCUGUUACCCAAGCCUCCCCAGGGAACCCCCCGAGGGGGAUCCACUAGCAGAGAACCAACGGGAAAAUAAGCAUCGCAUAAGUGAGCGAUGGACGAAAAAUGACCGAUGCCACUUAAAACACGAGGAAGUAACUCGCAGGGAGAAGUUCAAGCUUACGACCCCACCAUACGUCGCCCCAGUCAAACGACAGGAAACUACAAAAUUGAACAACAGCAACACAACAGCUCCUCCAACUGGAACUGCAGAAGUAGCUAUGAAAAUAGAGAAAGUGCCUAAUAGGAGCAAAACAGGAACCACCCUCAGCAAUCGACGCCGCCGAAAUACGAACCGAGGGCGAGAUCUAAGGGUCAUCAAAAGAAGGAGGAGAGUAUGA